ACAAGAUAACAUAACACAAAUUAAAUCGGCUUCACGGUACUUAAACAUUUACAACCCAGACAAAUUGACCAAAACUAGACAUUUCGGUACUCCACAACCGGUACCAAGUCACCGUUGAAAUCACAAUACCCCCUGAUUAUCGUUCAACUAAAGAGAAACCAGGAAUUACUCACUCAAAAGAAUUAUCGGCUUUGCGGAAUAUUUCCAGGUGAAAAAUUUCUCAUCGUCUGCUACUUUGUGACAACGACACGAUUAGCUCUUCACCACGUACUUAUCAUUGUUCAUGAGCUAAUUAGUUCACGCUAAAAGCACCACCAAAACGACUUUCAAGACACGCUAGACACCGUUGACACUCAGUGUUCUUUAAAACUCGGGUGAAGAAUGUCCCCCAAAGCGUCUUCCGACUUCGGCUUAUACAAAGAAAGACAAAAAGAAAACAACUUAAGAUCGCUUAAAUUCGUGGUGGUGGCAACACUGGCGGCGAUAUUUCUUCUAGUGAUAAUAUAUGUGUCGAUGCACCUAAUCACGUCGUCAGAACCGACUUUACCAUUAUCAUCAUCAUCAUCGUCUAAAGCAGAAAAAUUAGUAGUCGCUGAAUCCGUCAGACGAGAAGUCUUCACUCCAGCGAAACCAUUCAAGACGACAUAUCGAGGACCAACGCCGUCCGAGUUCAGUUCCACCACUGAAAAAAUCACCACUUUGAACUACCCUCAAGUUAGUAGUUUCCGACACCGGUACUACCCCAACAACAUCCAAGACGUGAUCGGGUACGCCACCAGGUACCACCAGCCCGUGCGAAGCUACAAGCACUCUUCCAGCCAGUACCUUCCACAGAACAAACCGUCUGCCAAAAACUUCACCGACAGCGACCCUUUUUACCUGUACAAGCCACAAGACCCUGGCGAAAUUAACCUUCUAGCAACGGCCAGCUUCCGCUUCGCACCACCCAUAUGGAGCAACCUAAAACCCAACAGGGUUCAUGGUCCACCACAGUACGACAAUAUCAAAAGGCAAGAGACCGUGAACCCACCGAAACCCUUGUCUCUAACUUUGAACAUUUUUCCGAAUAGAGAAAAGGAAGAACGGGAGCAAAAAUUUGGACUUCGGCAGCUGAUUCACCAUAGGAUUGAAAAUCUGACGCCUAGGCUUCGGCUGCCGGAAAGCAAGACGAAGAAGAUGGUGAUUCAUCUGAAUCUGUAUCCUAAUGAUGUUAGUGUUGGGGAGAGUAAGGUUGUGAAUGAGAUGCGAAGGCAAAGUAGUCCGUCACCGACUUAACCGUAGGGUUCUUAAUUUAUUUAAAUAUUUGGUUUGUUAAGUUUUAUGAACUAAAAUGUAGUUGUUAAUACUGUGUAUACUAUAAUUAAAUCAUGUCAGUGAUC